UUUAAGGUCGCCUCUCUCUUUCUCUCUCUUCAUUCCCCUCUUUUAUCUCUCGCUCUUUUCAGAUCAAAACGAAACCCUAGAACAAAACCCCCCUCUCUCUGCCUCCGGAUCCCAUCUCCUUCCUAUAAAAGACGCAGUUUUUAAAUUCUCCACUAUAAAUCCACCUCGCUACUCCUUUUCCCGCUCAGAUCCAACGUUUUCUUGCUUCCGAUCGUCGCAUCCUGCCUCGAAACAGGGAAAUCACGGAUCGGCUACCUCUGUGAUCUCUGUUUGAGAUCUAGAGUAUUGUUAGCCUCUGAUCUAUCCAAAGAGCUGACAACCCCAAGGAAACAUUUCUUUUCGACGCUACUUUUGUUUUUUCCCGUUGCCUCAAGAACCCCUUUUAUAGGAACUGUUUGGCCGAACCUGUUUUCCCCUACAAAGCCGACCCGCUUUCUGCUGUCAAAGAGUGUUCUUUCUUGAUCUUACUGAUAUUUCUUGAGCAUCGUUUGGUCUGCGAAGAAAGCUGAUCAUAUUUAGAUUAAGGAUAGGAAAGUAGGUAUACGAGUGAUUUAGAAUCUGAGCGUGUGUCAGGCUUUACUAAGUCAGCUGCCUUGUUUGGCUAGCGAACAUAUCCAUACAAAGAGCUUUGUAGAGAGGAGUAUGGCGGAUCAGGGCUUGGAGGGGAGCCAGCCGGUUGAUCUAUCUAAGCAUCCGUCUGGUAUUAUUCCCACGUUGCAGAAUAUUGUUUCAACUGUUAAUUUGGAUUGCAAACUGGACCUUAAAGCUAUUGCCUUGCAAGCUCGAAAUGCUGAGUACAAUCCCAAGCGUUUUGCUGCAGUUAUAAUGAGAAUUAGAGAACCCAAAACCACAGCAUUGAUCUUUGCGUCGGGUAAAAUGGUGUGCACUGGAGCUAAGAGUGAAAUACAAUCGAAGCUUGCUGCUCGGAAGUAUGCUCGUAUUAUCCAGAAGCUUGGCUUUGCUGCCAAAUUCAAGGAUUUUAAGAUUCAAAACAUUGUCGGUUCUUGUGAUGUAAAGUUUCCCAUAAGACUUGAGGGCUUGGCUUACUCUCAUGGGGCUUUCUCCAGCUAUGAACCAGAAUUGUUCCCUGGUUUGAUUUAUCGGAUGAAACAGCCCAAAAUUGUACUGCUCAUUUUCGUCUCAGGAAAGAUUGUUCUUACUGGAGCCAAGGUGAGAGAGGAGACAUACACUGCAUUUGAGAAUAUAUAUCCUGUGCUGACAGAGUUUAGGAAAACCCAGCAAUGAUAGCCCAAGCUCCCUCAAGUGUAUAUAGUGGAGGAUGGUUGCCAAAUUGGUGAUGGGAGUGGAGAGUUUUUCAUUUAGCUGUAUGUGAUUUUGAGCCUUUUGAGAGAGUAUUAUCAGCCUUCUCUUGUUAAAUUCCCCCAAUACUAAAAAAAGGUGCAGGUAAAUGCAGUUGACUAGCAAACAUCGGCCUCAUUUGAAGAUCCAAAUUUUAUCAAUAGGCCCUAAUAAAACUGCUACUUCAACUUCCAGAUUCGUAAUUUAAUUUUUACUUAAUGCAGCCUUGACAAUGGAUUUUUUUUUUCUUCCUGCAAUAUGUUCUUGUGCUCCCAACAUUGUAUGCUAUUGAGUAAGACAACAAGCUGAUUUUAUGAGGAACAAGUGAUUCAAGACUUUCAUAGAAA